AUGGCUACUGAUGUACAUUCUACUGAAAAUGAGGUUGGGGACUCAGCUCCAUCAAUUCCUCAAAAUAAUGGUGGUACCAGCUAUCAAUCCAUGACUACUUUGGAUAUUAAUCACCCCCUUUAUCUGUCAACUGUUGAUAUUUUAGAUAGGUUUCCUACUGAAUUGGGAAAUCAAUGGGAAAGAGUCAAUGCCAUUGUUCUGUCAUGGCUGAUGAACUCAGUUUCUACUGAUCUUCUUGGAGGGGUAGUACAUGCAUCUAGUUCCCAGGAUAUGUGGAAUGAUUUGAAAGAGAGGUUUGAUAAGGUUGAUGGGUCGAGAACUUAUAAUCUAUAUCAAGAAAUUGCUACCAUAUCACAAGGAGUUCAGUCUAUUUCUGUCUAUUUUACUAAAAUGAAAGGUUUGUGGAAUGAAUUUGAGUUUAUGGUUCCAUCCCCUGCUUGUAAUUGUGAAAGAUCAAGAGAGUUUGUGGUUUAUCUGCAAAGACAAAAGCUAUACCAAUUUUUUAUGGGGUUGAAUGACACCUAUUCUCAAGUAAGAAGCCAGAUUCGGUUAAUGUCACCAUUACCAAAUGUCAACAUGGCCUACUCUAUGAUAAUGAGUGAUGAAAGUCAAAAAACUGUGGCUCAAUCUAUCAAUUAUAUAGGACUUCUUGGUGUUGCUCCUAAUGUAGGUGAUGUUUUAGCUAUGUAUUCUAAGAAUUCUUACCCUGGAGGUGGCUACCAGAAAGGAAAAAGGGAUUAUGUGUCAAAUUACAAUCCUACUGCCUUCUGUGAUCAUUGUAAAUUAAAAGGGCAUUACAGGGUUGAUUGUUUUAAACUGGUUAGCUAUCCAUCAGGGCAUCCUAAGCAUGUAGAUCACAAAGAAAAUGCCGACACUAGAGGUAGUGCUGGUUGUAGGAAAAAUUAUGAUAACAGGUCCAAGCAAAGAAGAACAGGUCCUAGUGCACACAAUGCUAUGAUUGGAGAUCUGCAGUCUUAA